AUGAGUGGCGAAGACGAUUCAAUCGAGCAAGCUGUAACUUCGCGUCGGGAAAGACUCCUAGCUCUCAGAACCGCUCAAGAAUUGUUACUUUCUUCUAAUCAAGAGGAAGAACCUCAACCACCACCUACUGCUUCCGAAGAUGAACAAGAAGAGGAAAAACUGAGCAUGAAGUUUCGUAAUUAUGUUCCUCAUGAUAAAGAUCUUCAGGAAGGGAAGCUUGCACCUGCGGUGCUUCCGAAGUUUGAAGAUCCCGUUUCUGUUCCUGAGCCUGAACCUCAACCCACAGAGGAUCCGUUUCUGAAUAUUGCUCCCAAAAAGCCCAACUGGGACCUGCGCAGAGAUGUCCAGAAGAAGCUUGAUAAGCUUGAAAAGAGAACUCAGAAGGCUCUCUAUCAACUCAUGUUGGAACAGGAGAAGCAAAAUCAGUUGGCCGAAGGAGAUGAUAAUGAUACAAACGGCGUCAAAGAUUAG